UCUGCACAAGCGACAGCAAGCUGAGACUGGACACCGGGAGCAUUUGCUCGAGUGAUUGUCUGUGCGCGUGCGGCCUGGCACUCUGACACCGAGGCGCACUGUGCGCGCGCGUUCUUCGCCGGUGUAACCAAAAGCUGGGAAAAGGCGUAUCAGUUCGUAGGGAGGCGGCGACGACCCAGUCUCAUUAGAAUCUAGUCUGCAGACCCUUCGCUGGUCGCGCGCAUUUUACUACUACAACUCCUCACGGUGACGCUUCAGCUGUCGACGGAGUGGCACGCGCGCAAAAGCUGUGGAGAAGAGGGCACCCGCCCGGGACAAUGGAACCGAACCCGAGCCGUUAAACAGUUGACACACACGCACGCGCGCACACACUGCAGCUGAGAGAGAGAUCAGGCGUUUGGAAGGAUAAAGGCGACAUGGCGAAAACGGACAAGCUCUGAAGUUUGGAGGUUCUGCUGUGAGGAUUAUUGUACAGUCCACGGUCUGACCGGCGAAACGAGGACCAGAGUUUGCAUCACUGUAUCCAAGGGAAUAAGCCCACGUUAUGGCGCGCGCUGACAGCCGUUUGGGGACCUGGCAGGUGCUCCUGACCAUCUCAAUGGUCAUCCUCCCUGUGUCUGCUCACGGGAGGCAUUCAAUUGGCAAACAUCACCAUCAUCGCAACCAUUCAUCUGUCAACAAGGAGGCCUUGAACACCAGGAUGGUGCUAAGUGAUGACUCAGCAGAGAGAGACCAUCUGAUUGGAGCAGGCCUUGUGUUUGGCGCCAAACUCCCACUCAGCUCCACCAAACACCACCACUCACAUAAGCGCGUCCACUUGGAUUUUGUAGAGGAGGACCCACCGGUGGCGGAGGAGCUAACCGCAGGAGGUGCAGGUCCAGAUCAGCCCGGGAACCCGUUAUCCGAUGACGUCAUCACCGUGGAGUUUCACAGUCCUGCCCCCGACGUCGUGCCCUCCGAUGCUGCUCUGGGAUGGGCGAAAGCCCCCAAGCCCCAAAAGCAGAAGGCAGGUGACCCUACAUCAUGGACCCUUUCUGAUUUUUACGACUAUCUAUCCCCCGAUGAUGACGACCCCUCGGCAGUCGAUACAACCCCAGAACCCGAACCCUCCCCGUCACCUCCAGCAGAAAUGGAGGAUGAGAAUCCGCUCCUGGCUGGUUCUCCUGCUGUUCCCGACAAGGUCAAGCCUAACGUGGACAGCAGGCCACCCUUACCAGCUCCUCCCAUGUCAGGGCCAGACCAGGACGAGGGGCUAGGCUUAGGAGGUGCCAUGGGGGAGGGUGGCUGCAGGCUGGGCUUUGUGCAGUCUGGGCCCGGGGUGUGUGUAUCUCAGUGUGACGUCGAACCCAAUUUCUGCUUCAAUCAAGGGGUGUGCACCGUAGUGCCAGGAAUGGGAGCCUUCUGCAGGUGCAAUGUGCAGGACUACGUGUGGAACAAAGGCGCGCGUUGCGACUGGGCCGUCACUGAGUUCCAGGUGCUGUGCGUGGUGGUGGGCGUGUCCUCCGUGGUCCUCCUGCUGCUUUUUAUGAUCAUCGUAUUCUUCGCCAAGAGGCUGCACCACCUCAAGAACGAGAACAAGCGCCUUCGCAAACGCAGUAAGUACCGCCCACAGAGCAGCGAGCCACAGACGGACGGCCUCUCAGUUUCCACAACAGCUGACGGCUCACAGCCAAACGUAAGGAAACUGUGUGACACCCCUCCGCCCGCUCCCCAAGCUCAUUCUCACAACCUGGCGUACUAUGACAACAUUAUCUGUCAGGAUGAGCCGCAGAAACAGGAGAACCAAGCCAAGUCCCCACAGCCCAAGGAAGAGGGGUCUAUGAACAUCCUCAACUCUCACUCCCCGAAGCACGAGAACAACCGCCCGGCCUCCGCCAUCCAGGACCACGGCCUCACUCCUAACAACACGGAGGAAAAAGCCGAGGAUGGAGUGACUAUUGGCCUGGAAGUGCUUCUCCCCAAAGAGGCCAAGCUCCACCCAGAGAACAACCCGCCCCUUCAGUAUGAUGUCUUCCUCUACAAGGUUGCCAACAAUGGAGACUCUGCCUCUCCCAGUCAAGGCCUCACCUCUCACUCAUCCAGUUCUUACUCCACCACUCAUCCCAUUCCCAGAUCACCCAAUACACCUAAGACAUCCAAGGUGCCUAAGUCACCCAAAUCCCCCAAACAGACCAAGGAACCGCUGUCAGGGAGGCACUCUUCACCUGGCCGGCACCGCUCACCCGGUCGCCAUCCAUCGCCAAGUCGCCACUCAGCUCCCGGGUGUUAUUCUUCCCCUAUCUGCCAUAUGUCUUCCCACCACUCUCCCUCCCAUUUCCGGUGCAUGCCCACCUGCUCACCCACUCCACCUCAGCUACGCAGGCCCAGAGGUCGGUCUCAGGAUCCGGGAGCUGAGGCCUCAGAGACUGGGCGAGAGUACUAUGGAGGACACAUCCGCCCAUUCCCAUCAUCACCACAUCUUACCCAGCCUCCUCCAUCACCAUCCAGGGGGAAGUACUGCCCGGUCAGUACACGAUCCCUGCCACCACUCUCCUGACCAGGCCUUUACUUAGUCCAGCCAUUCAAACGCACAAACAUCUGUCAUGAUCUACACUGUCCAGUGAUCUGUGUCCAUCGUGUCUCUAACUUUUUUUUUAAUUAGCUAUUUAUAGUUUUUUCAUCCACCUAUCCAUCUUUGCACCCUGUGUCCCCACUUUUAUACCCUUAGGAUAAGGAAGACACCUAAACCUGUUCUAGAAAACUAAAUAACUGGGACAACCCUGCACAGACCACAUUCACUGAAACUGAAACAUGGAUGGACCAAAAAUACACCAAUAAAUCACUGCAUGGUUGCUGCAGCUGCAUAUUCACACCUCUCUGUAAAAAAAAAAAAAAAAAAAAAAAAAAAAAGCCCAACAUCUCAAGGCUCAGGAUUCUGCUCACAGAAUAAACUCUUAUAUGUGAACAACACUCUCAUAGCAUGGUGCCAACAUCAGCGACAGCUGACGAUAUUGUCAAUAAAAGGUUUCAUAGCCUUAGUGUUAU